AUGAGUUCAGUUUACGGUAUAAUUCCUCCAGGCCAGGCCAAAAUUGAAUUAUUUUCAAGAUGUGAUGCAAGGUUAACCACAUUUCCUAGGAUUUCUCGUUCAGCAACAGUUACAACAGUUGAUGUUUCGAAAAAUCCAAUAAAAUCUUUCGAAGGAAUGGUAGAAAUGCCAGAACUUGAGAUGCUUAAUAUUAGUGAAACAGAAAUCAAGUCAUUCCUUGGUGCAUUGGCUCUUCCAAGCCUCAAGGUUCUUCAAAUGGAUCAUACACCAUUAGCAAUGUAUCAACACGUUCAAUUAAUGGCAGCAAUAGUCUUUGGUGAAGGUGUUGCUCGCGUCAACAAGAAGAAUGUCCUCAAAAACGAAGCCAGACUUGCUGUUGAAUUAAGAGAAACACUCUUUGAUCAAUUAGUUGAAGGAUGGAUCAUUACUUCGGUCCAACCAAUCAGGCUCUUCAAUACAAUUACAUUAAAACGCAAAGUUGUUUACAAAGUUGAAAACAUCGACAGACCAAUGCCAGGACUUGACUCUCUGCUUCCGCAGCGCACAGAUAGAUUUACUCCUGGUGAAAACUUCAACACAUCUAAAGUUCGUCGCAGAACUUUGAAACCGUUAACGAGAAGACCAUCUCAAAUUUCGAAAUCAACAAAUCAAUCAGCAUCUACUACAGAAUUAAAUGAAACUCAAGUCGAAUUACCAGAUUCUUCCCAAAAAGAUUUCGAUGAAUCUCCUAUUUCUUCUCCAGAAAAGGCUCCAGUCGAAGAAAAACAUCCUGAAGAAGAGCAGCAUAAUGAGGAGAAAGAAGAUCUUAGCAAAUUAUCAAUUGAGCAAUUACUUCAAGAUUCAGAAGAUGAUGAAGUCAAAAUCGAAGCAGAACAGAAGGAAGAACAACCAGAACAUAAAGAAGUAUCAGAAAAUAAGGAAGAGGAAGAAAAGAAUGAAGAAACAACAAAGAUAGAAGAAGAAAUCAAACAAGAAGAGAAGAAACCAGAGGAAGAAGUAAAGAUUGAAGAAGAAAAACAAGUUGAAAUAAAGAAAGAGGCAGAAGAAGUCAAAAAAGAAGAAAAUGAAUUAAAUUUGGUACCAGAAGUUCAUGAAGAGUUCAAUUCUGAAGAUAAUGAUGACGAUGAUGAACCUCCUGUUAAUGCUAUCGCUGCUUUCUUGAAUCAAGAUUCCGAUGACGAAGAAAAGUUACCUAACGUAGAAGAAGAAGAAGAUAAAAAGGAAGAGGAAAUAAAACCAGUACCAGAAAUAGAAGAAAAAGUAGAACAAAAGGAAGAACCGAAAUCCUCAGAAAAAAUUGAGACAGAAAAUUUACCAAAAAGUGACACUGAAAACAAACAAGAAGAAAAUCCAAAAAUAGAGGAAGAACAUGUUGUAGAAGAGAAGCAAGCAGAAGAUAUUCCACAAGUUACAGCUGCUGUUGAUAAUGACGAGGCUGAUGAUGAAGGACUUCCAAAGAUUGAAGAUGAUGAGGAAGGACUUCCAAACAUCGAUGAUGGAGAUGAUGACAUUAUUAACCCAGAUGAUUUGGAAACAAAGGAUUCUCAAAAGACUGAUUCUACUACAGAAAAGAAAGAUGAUGUUAAUGACUUUUUCGACGCUUUCUAA